AAAACCAGCAAGCAUGAGGGGCAUAAAAUCCCAGGCAAUGGUUCUUGCUGCUUCUAGUAGUGAUCACACUAGGGUUGAACUAGUUGAGCCACCUAAAGAUGCUGCCAUUGGUGAAAGAGUAACUUUCCCCGGGUUUGAUGGCACUCCCGAUGAUGUCUUGAACCCUAAGAAGAAGGUUUGGGAAACUCUUCUGGUGGACCUGCACUCAAAUAAGGAGUUGGUCGCUUGCUAUAAAGAUUUGCCAUUCACCACUUCAGCUGGUGUUUGCAAAGUUGCAUCCAUUUCUGAAGGAUCAAUUAGGUAAUUUAUUUGGCUGAUCUUCUAGAAGAGGAAUUCAAGAUUUUGCUUUAUAAUUUCUUUCACAUUUUUUCGUCUUUCCUUCAUAACGAUAAACAAUCAAAUUUUCCCUUGUGAUUGACUAGAGUAUUGUUAAAAGGAAAUGAGUAUUGAAUGUACUUCUUGAAUCUUGCUAUGUAUCUGAUUUUCUGUAUAAUUACAUAAGUUGCACAAUUUAAAUUAACU